CAUUGAUAGGUGGUACUGACUGGCACUGAUGGGUGACACUGAAAGGCAGCUCAGAUGGGCACUGAUAUGUGGCAUUGAUGUGCACUGGUAGGCACUGAGAUGUGGCAUUGAUGUGGUACUGAUGGGCACUGGCACGAGGCACUGAUGAGCACUGACAUAAGGCACUGAUGGACACUGACAGGUGGCACUGCUGGGGCUACACUGAUCAUCAGGGCACACUGAUCAUCAGUGCCCUGAUGAUCACUGUCAGCGUGACAGCUCGAGAGGAAAGAAAUGCAGAUAAGCGGCAUUUCCCUGUUUACAUGUGAUCAGCUGUGAUUGG